AUGUUCGUGGCAGGGAAACGCCUGCCGGGAUCACUGACGGCGGCGUGUGAUCUCACUUCUCGUUCCAGCCGCCUUUUCAUGGUCACCGACCUGCUAUCGGGCGCCAUGUUCCUUAUAGAUACGGGCGCGGAAAUCAGCGUUGUGCCCCCGACUAAGGCUGACCGUUCGAAGUCACAGAGGCAAGUGCUUCGUGCUGCCAACGCCUCGUCUAUAGCGACGUACGGACUACGAUCUCUCACCCUCGACUUCGGCCUUCGCCGCAUUUUCCGGUGGGUUUUCGUCAUCGCAGACGUGGUUCAACCGAUCAUCGGCUCGGACUUCCUCUCAUACUUCGAUUUGGAUGUCAGCGUGCGACGGCGCCGCCUCAUAGACGGUCAUACUCGUCUCUCCAUCUCGGGAGUCCUGUCCAACAUCGCUCCAAUGGCCAUCCGCAUGCUGAUACCUUCCUCACCGUUCGAAAAAACCUUGGCGAGUUUCCCAGAGUUAACAAAACCGUGCAACCUCACUCAGCCGCCUAAACAUACGGUGACACACCACAUCGUCACCCGGGGUCCACCGGCAGCCGCUCGACCACGCCGCCUGUUUGGCGACCGCCAGAGUUGA